UAGAUGUUUGUAGUUCAAUUGCUGUCGAUUUAUUUAUCGUCGUGGGCUUCAGAGCUAAGCUACGAAGAGACCGUUUGGUAAAUAUUCGGUAGAAACAGAUUUAAGUAUUAGGCAUAUAGACAAAAUUAUGGACGAUGUUGAGGGAAGCUUGCACAUUGAUAUUGCAGUUGAUGAUACAACAUUAGAAACAGUAGAGUCUGGAGAUGCAUCAAAUGAUGGCAGUAGCAAGCUGGAGAUUUCUUGCAGUAAUGAAGCAUCAACUUCAAACUCAAAUUCACCUGUAUCUGCAUUUGUUGAUGGCCAAGCUGUGCAACUUGAAGAUGGGAGCACUGCUUAUAUUUAUAGAGAACUUAAAGAUACUAUGAAUGAGCAAUAUGUGCAAACAAUUGACUUAGAUGAUGGUACAACAGCAUAUAUUCAUCAACCUACUUCAUGCGCUGUGACACAAACUGACGUUGAAACAGAUGAGAGUAAGUUAUAUCAACAAUUUAAAUGUGAUAAUGAAGGUUGUGGAAAAUAUUAUACUUCAUCACAUCAUCUCAGGAUACAUAAAAGAUCACACACAGGAGAAAAACCUUAUAAAUGUGACUGGGAAAAUUGUGGAAAAUCAUUUUCCACCAGUUAUGCACUGAGAUCUCAUUUACGAGUUCAUACUGGGGAAAAACCAUACGAUUGUACGUUUGAUGGUUGCGGUAAAGCAUUUAAAACUGCAGGAGAUUUACAGAAACAUAGACGAACACAUACUGGUGAAAAACCAUUCAAAUGUCCAUUCCUAGGUUGUGGAAAGGCUUUCACAACUACAAACAUUUGCAAAGUUCAUAUUCGAACGCACACAGGAGAAUGUCCAUAUAAAUGUCCUUUUCCAGAUUGUGAAAAAACUUUCAAAAAUGCAACAAAUUAUAAAAAUCAUGUCCGAAUUCACACAGGAGAAAAACCAUUCGCAUGUGAAUGGCCAGGUUGCAAUAAAAGAUUUACAGAAUAUUCAUCAUUUUAUAAACAUCAGAUUGUUCAUGUUGAUAAAUAUAUUUAUACUUGUCAUCACUGUGGUAAAUUAUUUGUUUAUUCCUCAUCAUUACUCGGACAUAAAAAAUCGGUUCAUGAUGAUAAUACUGACGUAAUGGAUUCUGAAAAAAUAGUUUCAGCCAGUAAACGAAAAAAAAUGAAUCCGAAAGAUGUUCCGGAUUCUAAGUUAGCUAGAACUGCAAAGAGAGUUCGAGAAAGUCUGAGAAACAGACAAGAAGCAAAUACAAAUAAUAAACAGACAUCGUCUGAAGAAAGUCAUGUUGUUUUAUUACCUGUAACAAAUAUUGAAACUGAAGAUGUACAGCCAGAAAGUACUACCACUGCACAGGUUGCUGCAGUUCUUACUGCUGAUUCUGGGCAAGAAUUAGCAAUAUUAUCUCAUGAUGGUUCUUCCCAGCAAUUUACUUUAUCAUUAACAGACCAUGGUUCAACAUUGUUGAUGCCUUCUUCAGAUAAUGGAUCAACUAUUGAAUCUACUGAGAAGACAGAAAACCAGGUUGUUUAUGUUUCUGAAUCCGGUACAAGAAAUCUAAUUACUAUGUUGGAAAAAGAUAACACAUUGCAACGUAUAGAAGCAAGUGAAAAUAAUCCUGCAACAUCUGAAUCAACUCCAAUCAAUGCUGAUAUUUGGCUUCAUCAACCACAAAAAGAGGAAAUUUCAUCGGUUAUAGACGUAAAAGAUGAAAAUUCUUCUAAAGAGCCUGAAAGUAUGAUUCAAUAUGAAGCAUCACAGAUUCCAGGGGAUGAUUCUUCCUCUUCAGAUUCUAUCGCUUAUCUUGAAAUAGGUGGCGCAAAAUAUCAAUUAAAAAUCGUAACAGCAGAAAAUGACAAUGUGGAUCAAAUAUCUGACAAUCCCUCUCAACCAGGGUUUGCUGAACCGGUAGUACAAAACCUUCAAAUAUGGCCUGAUGCAAAUAAAACACAAUCCGAUGAUAAUGGCAAAGUCAAGUUUACUGAUAUAAGUUUUUUAAAUUCAAAUAUGUCUUCGAAUGAUGGUUAAAUCUAUGUUGCAAUUGCAAUGGAAAAUUUUGUACUUUCAAGCAGAAAUAUGGAUUGGAUAGUUUCAGAAUUUCAUAUUUUUCCCAGGGAAAGGAAAGCUGAUAAGAAUGUUUAAUUAUCAUAUGGUGGGCCACAGGGUUUAUCCUGUUGCCUCUCCAGAUCCGGUAUUGAAAUAGUUGCUUGUUCCAUGGACUUGAAUGGCGGACGAAUUCAAUAUUUGAAAGCAGUUAGUUACAUGAACCUCAACUUUACAGUGUUAGCUAAUAAAUUUUUAUUUUGCCAUCAUGUUUUUCAUAUCCUUUGUUGUCAAUUUUUGUUCCCUAUUAUUAAUAAAAAUGGUUAAAGCGA